AAAAGCAUACGCCUUAACCACCCACCAAUCCAAUCAAACGCGGAGAUCCGGGAAGUCAACGUGCUUUUUCCGAAUUUGAAAAAACAGAUUAGCUAUCUUGCACACCACCAACACAACAUGCUCAUCGUGCGACAAUAAAGGAAGGAACAGAGAUAGUUGGCAUAGCUUCGUUUGAUACAAUGGCCGAACAUGCAUACAUCCCGCCUUUCCCCAUCAGGCAGGAUAGGGAACAAAACGGGCGUAGCUCCUUGUUGGAUACGCUGAAAGGAGCAUGUAAGGACCUCAAGCCGGGACAGAUGGUUUCCGUUCCCGAAUUGACAUUGAUGGACGCAAUGGCUGCUAUUCAAAUUCUGGAUCCUCGGGUAGAUGGAGGAAUGGAACCGAUACCAGCUCAGCUGAUGGCUCAAUGCGAUCAAGUACCGACACAAGAAAGCUCAAUGCAUUCUUUCGAUGUAUAUGCACAACUAACAGUUUCGGAUAUCAUUUGGAUAAUGGAUCGUAUGCUUGCCUGUGAAGCAGCAUGGCUGGAAAGUUCAUCGCUUUCAGGUGCUUCACUUUCGCAAACUAUACAUACAUGUUUGUAUGUACAUCAUCUAUCUUCCAUUCACCCGAAUACGACCAAAACGCCAACACUUGUCGGGUUCAUUUUACGCCCUUUCUUGAUCGCCAUUCUCAAAACAGUGGGGUUGGUUUGGGACGAACUGGCAAAAGGAAACAUCCUGGACGGCGAGGAUUACAUGGGAGAUAAAGCUGGUGUUUCACUGCUAGAAGAUUUGGACCCACAGAAUGCACUUGGCUUGCUUGAUAAUGCUAUGAAUUGGUUGGAUCACAACCAGGAUUCAAUAGAAGAAAAUGAACGGAUCGCUUUGCUCGAUAGACUCUCAUUCCGUAAGCAUUUUCUUUCUGCCAUCACUCUAUUCUCUCGUAUGGAUCCAAGCACAACAUUUCGACGUACAACGGAUAUCGAAGCAACUUUGCAUCAAUCGAUCGGAUAUAUUGCUUCUGCCGGCUCACAGAUAGAGGUUCUCAGUCAAGGCACAACCAAGUUACGCCAGCCAGAUUUGGCGAAUGCUCCCACCUCUCAAUCACGAAACGCUUUCGAUCCUUGGUUCUGCAGACAUGCUUCUGACAUCAAAUCGUCAUAUACUCCAAUAUCCAUCGCUCCACCUCAGCCUUUGGAGCUGAAUACUCCACUUGAAACGAUCAGAGUAUACAAGACCAUUUUUGAGGGAAUGCAAGAAUUCUGUCUGUUGGCAGGAAGCAAACAAAGUUGGUUUACAUGGAAGCAAUUUUUUGACAAGAAAGCGAUUUCGUUCCAGCUAAAUCCUGCCCCUCCUUACGUACGGUCGUUAUGGCAAUCGGCGGUAUGUACAGACACUACCAUUGCCCUCACAAAACCACUUCGAUUCAUCGCUAUAAGCUUUUUGAUUGAUGUUGUGGGUGUGAAUGUUGAAUCGAUACCCCAAAUGAUCUGGGGCAUGCCAGGAAUAUCACCCGAUCGGGCUACGAUGUUGGAAAAACGAUUGGUACGAUUCUUAGACAGAAUGUCGGGACAAUUGGUAGCUCAUUUGCGAAACCUAGCACAGAAUAGAUCCAGGUCUAAACGUAGAUUGGGUCAUUCGUACAGCGAUCUAGUUGCAUUGGCAGAUGAAGCGAGUACUCUUGGGUCCGAACUAGCUGAUACACUCGGCGGCAAAACUGUGCAUCCCGACUUGCUCUUUUGGGCUAUUCAAUCACUUGCAUUGGAUACGAUGCUGCAUUGCAUCUUCUCUGGAAUAGAACUUGAACUUUACCGAACAGAGGAGCUUUUGUCGGUAUAUUGGAUGACAUGUCAAAUUAGCAAAGAACAAAUAGAGCUUUGGUCAGCUCUUUCGAUUUGGUCCAAUGGCUCAGUGUCACAGUCACAAGACACGAUGCAGAGUUGGACGUCGAUCGUUUAUCAUACGAGCAGGGCCCUGUAUCUACUUUACAAUGACGUAUCGGGAGAUAUGGAACGUGGACAACGUUCUUGGCUUGGACAGCCUAAAGAUGAUCAAAUUCAGCGAACCAUGUUUCGUAAGCGGUUCAAGUGGCUUCAAGUUCGUUCACAGCCUCAAAACAUCGCUAAGUUCUGGGAAGCAUUCCGAGAGGAUGUAGAGAUGACCCACUCUGCCGAGAUUGGGUUGGAGGAACGAAUGCGGGAAGCAAAAGGUGAUUUAGAUCAAGCUAUUGUGUGUUGCGAAAGCAUGACUUCGAACGCACGACAACCUGACCACACAAUCACAGUAUUGAAGCAAGAUCUGGCUAUUAUUGUGGAAAAUCUUUCGGUCGCUUUGCGGGAUGAUGCGAAAACCAAUACCGCUGCAUUAGGACCGUGCUUGAUUCCGCUUGUGUAUUCUUCUACUUCCCAUCCCUGGUUCCCUAGCAGUAAAGUGUAAAAUAGAACACAGUCAAGUGCUGCAAUAUUAUAUGUGAAAGUUGGAUGUAUUCAUGACACUUUCGUAGGGGCUUACAGAUGUCACAUACUCGCCUUAUAUAUCUCACAUGCGUUUCGUAAGAAGGGGCUUCAUAGGCUGGCAAGCAGUUGAGGUUCUUUUGAAAAGUACAACUUCGUAUCUUAUUUCCUUGCUGCCAUCAUACACUGAAUUAUGUUGAUGCGAGCGCUUUUUCUGUGCUGUAUAUCUUUAGUCUAUUACGUAUUUGUCCAGU